AUGGAGCCCAUUGAUACAUUGACCGGUCCAAGCGCCACUGAUGAAAAGACCCGGCUUUUUCCAAUCUUUAAUGCCGGAUGCCAGGGGUUUGAGAGCUACCCGCAUUCUUCACAAGCCGGCGCUCCACAUGAUACGAGCCAUCCAUCUCGGACGCGUCCAGCUCCACCAGCCACCCGAUGGAAGCUAUUCACUGUGCCAAAGUGUACCUCCAGGUUAGCGAACUCAUCUUUCGGAAAGGGGAAAGUUGGGCUUGCUGGGAAUCGAAUAUUGAGAGUUACUGAUCACAGAAUAAAUCAGCAGCGACAUGGUGUACUCCAAGCCUGGAAUAUCCCACCAAAUCGGGUGCUCAGCUGGUCCAAGUGGAUGAUCUACAGAAAGUCUGGUAGAUCUGAAGGCUUGGCGCGCCAAGGCCACAACGCGACGGGAAGGCCACCUCUCCGCAAUCGAUUUGGCUCCGCAAACAAGGACACCCCAAGGUCACCUGUGAGUCGCCUACUGAAUUCCGCGUUGGUGCCUGCUUACUUGUGA